AUGGACAUCCUCACGCGCCUGAUCGCAGGCUCCAGCUCCUCUCCGACGAAACAAAGAACCAACACCCCCGCCGAGCGCCUUGCGACCUGUAAGAGCAUAUGCAAUGCUCUGACCCAAACCUGGCGCAAUGGCAGCGUUGAAGAUGCCGCCUUGAACUACACGGCGAAGCUCCUCCACCGUCUCGAGACGAUCCUUCACGACGAGUCACGCAGAGCGGCACCACACUCCUGCCUUCGAUAUGUCGCCUCGAGCCAGGCAUACAUCAUUAUCACCAAGCUGGCAGUCGGCUCUCGCGAUGUGGAAAUCAUCAACACCUCUGCGCAGCUCUUCCACAUCCUCAUCAAUGGCGAGGCAGAAGGGCUCCUGGACAGCAAGUUGUUCACGAGAUCAUUAUUAGAUCUCGUCUCCUUCGCUACGAUAGGAGGAAAGGUCAUUGUCGAAGAACGCUUGGAAACAGAUCUGGUCGAGUUGUUGUUCGAGAUUGCCACAAAGAUCAGAUUGGAUCCAGAUAUCCUUCCAGCUUGGUUUUAUCCCGACCGAGAAUCGAUGCGUGGCCGAAGUGCGGCAGACGAAACCAGACGGAGUCAGUUUCCCUUAUUCCACGUUCUCGUCCAAUACGUCCAUCACGAUGGAUCAGUGGGCGAUUUUGCUCGGACGGCGCUGUUGUACUUGACCGAGACUGCUUCCAAAUUCAAACCGUUGGAAACAUGGAUGAUCGAGAGCGAUUUGGCGCCUCAAAUGGCUAGUGGUCUCGGUGCUUUAUACAGCAGGCUGAGCAGACAGUCUACGUCUCUGAGUGGCCGACCCUCAGCGCCUCCGAUCAUCACUUUGUCGGACCACCCGCAAACUUUGGCUUCGCUCGUUGAGUCCCCUCAAGACAUUCAACAGGAUUCGAAGGCUUUUUUCUCCUAUUUGGCAUUUUGGCAGGAUACGUUGAGUCACUGCAAGUCCACCGAAGUCAGUGACACGCUGCUUGACCACUUUCAGGUGCUCUUUGUCCAACAGCUGCUUUACCCUUCACUCCUUGAAUCAUCAGACGUGGAAGGAGGCUCCACUGCUGCUGUCAUUGCACAUCUCUCCCAGAUCCUCCUUGCCGUUGACCACAUCCAGCUCGUGGAUCGUGUCUUGCGUUACCUCCUGGCUUCAUCUAAUCUGCCCCAAGAACCGAGAGAAAGAUCCCACCGACGGCAGCGUAUGUCUGUCAGUCGAAGGAAAUCUAUCGAUCACUUGAGGGCCCUUGCAGAAGUGGCUGAUAGCCCCUCUCCGAAUCUCUUCAGCCUCCUCGACUUGAUGGUCAUGAGUUUGAAAUCCAGUCAUCCAGAAACAGUCAACGCCUGCCUCAAAUUGUUGUCGGUCAUCGUGGAGAGGCAUCACUGCCACGUGUUGAGGAGCCUUUUCCGGCUCGAGCCGACUUCAAUUGUUCCCGCCCAACGGGGAGCACGCCAAUUAAACUCACACUUGCGAAGGCUAUUUGACCAUGCUGGGGCGAUAUCCAAUAAUGCUGAGCUGGAUACUUCAUAUCAGGCCGCUUUGUUGGACGGUCAAGUGCUCCUUGAACAACAUAGCUGUUUUGUAACGAGCCAACUUGAUGACGACCUGUUGGACGUACGAGACAUGUCUAUCGCCCGCGAGUGUAAGCUUUUUGAUGCCGUUAUCUCAUUACUACGCAACUUCUUCUCAAAUGACACGGCCACGAAUCUUUAUCUCACCGAGGCUCUGAUGGCUUUAGCUGUAUGUGAGCAUAUGGGUCUCAAUGGAUGGCUAUUGCCCUCACGUGAACAAGGAUCCAUAGAGGACAACUCGGCGUGCAACGUCACAUUCAUCAUAGGUGAACUGACCGAGCAAGUGCGUCAGUGGCGAUCACAAUUUGCCGAAUGGGACGAACUGUUUUCUAGGAGGAGAAUCGAGCUCGCAGAGGAAGGGCCGCAAACUCGUCCGUCGAAUAUGAGAACCUUCUCAGGACAGUCUCACGAGAGUGACUCGCCUUCGGGCACCUAUUCUUUGGCACAAUCGCGGCCGACGACACCGAGAGGCAGAAAGAUACCAUCUACCGAAUUUGGGUCUAUAGACAGUGCGAUUGCUAAAUCUGGCGGCCACCGUGCUAGCCUCGCAGAACGCACUAUUGGUUAUUCUCCCUUGCGUCAUUCAGUGCAGCCAGACGAGAAUGAUGGGCUAAUUCGACAGACGGAGGCUCCGAAACAACCAUCAUUUGCCUCAGCCGCAAUACUAAGGACUCCAGUCAACCUGAUAAAUUCAAAAGUACCGGAGGAAGCAUCAACAUCAUUACCCUUGCAUGCGGGACGCAAACAAACUUCCAGUCCUGAGCCAGGCGCUCGUCGUCUCGCGCUGGCGGAAAGUGGAGACUCCGGAGCCGUGACCCCGAGCGGUCAAGGCGAACGAAGCCAGGCAAGUCUUGGCCAUAUACUAACCAAUGCAGUCAUCCUUCAAGAGUUCAUCCUUGAAAUAGCGGCCGUGGUGCAGCUGCGAGCCACCUUUUUUGGUGAGGUCCAUUUCAAGAAUCCCAAUCAUGGAGGGUAA